AGUCUUGAGAUUGGACACAAUGUUUACAUCACCAGAAGAUAGAUACCCAACAUGAAUUGGUACAACUUUGUUUACUUGGUGUGGACGUGGCGCUUAUUAUUAUCAUCAUAGUACUGGUAGCCAUUAAAAAAAUCUAUGUUCGCUGUCCGAGGAUACUCGCUGUUAUAAUAUGGAUGAAUAUACUCAUAUUUACAAACAUUCAUUUUGGAUUAAGUCAUCUGCGAUCGCCGUCUGAUUCUGUACCUAUUGUGUUUUAUACAGUGUUAGUUUCGUAUAUUGUAUUAUCGUUAUCUAAACGUGUGUCGUUUUGUCUUGGUAUGGUACAGAUUAUUUUAGAUGUGACAUUAAGUGGUAUAUUGUCUAAUUAUAGUACUGAUAUUCUCGCCCAUCAGCUAGCAGCUAACAGUAUUAUUUAUAUUUGUGCUAAUUUGAUUGGCUUAUAUCACAAGUACUUAUCUGACUCAGCACACCGAAGAGCUUUCCUUGAUGCUCGCAAUUCUAUAGAAUCUGUGAUAAAACUAGAAAGAGAGAAAAAACAGCAGGAAGAGUUGUUAAUGAGCUGUAUACCAGAAACACUUGUGACAGAAAUGAAAGUAAAUUUACAACGAAAUAUUCGAGAACAAACUCCAAAAUCACCAUUUCAUGAACUAUAUGUUAAACACAUUGACAAUGUCAGUAUUUUAUAUGCAGAUAUUGUAAACUUUACACCACUAGCAUCAGAUUGUACAUCAGGAGAAUUAGUCAAAAUGUUAAACGAAUUAUUUGGUAGAUUUGAUCAACUGGCUAGAAAGAGUAACUGUAUGAGAAUCAAGAUAUUGGGAGAUUGUUAUUAUUGUGUGUCCGGUGUGCCUGAACCAGAUAUAAACCAUGCAACAAACUGUGUUAAAAUGGGACUGAGAAUGAUUGAUGUUAUUAGGGAUGUACGUGAAGCUACAGGUGUUAAUGUAGAUAUGCGUAUAGGUAUACAUACAGGUUCUGUAUUAUGUGGUGUAUUAGGGUUACAGAAAUGGCAGUAUGACGUAUGGUCAGAUGAUGUCAGUAUAGCUAAUCAUAUGGAAUCGGGUGGCGUUCCUGGGCGUGUUCAUAUAUCCAGUAGUACGUUAAAGUGUCUGGGUGAUAGUUAUGAAGUAGAACCAGGAGAUGGUCAUCUGCGAAAUACAUUUUUGGCAGAUAAUAACAUUACGACAUAUCUUGUUGUUCCACCAGUUAAACGGAAAUACAGAGUUGCACAAAGAACCAGAUUUGAAAACAAUAUGAGAGCAUCACUUAAAGUAUCUAAAUAUCUGGAGACAUGGGGUAUAGAUCAACCAUUUUCAAACUUACAUUCCAACAACAUGACGACACAUGUCCUUAGUUUUACGAGUCUAGCUUUAGUGGAUUCCAAUAUUAUGUUAAAUUCUGAAGGAAUUGAUCAAGGAUUGAUGUGUUUAAAGAAACAGAUACAAAGUGAUGUUAAUACAGAAUUGGACAGAAAACUUAAAACAGUCAGUCAUGGAAGAUGUCAUGAAAAAAGUGAUAUUAAUCCAUUUUUACUUACAUUCCAAAAUUCUGAGUUUGAGAAAGAAUUUAGUCAACAGUUAGAUGGCAUGUUUCGAUACUAUAUAAUGUGUUCUACUAUGAUAUUUAUAACUAUAGUUAUAAUACAAGGUAUCAUGUUACCACGAUCUGUGAUAUAUUAUAUAAGUUGGUGUUGUGGUAUAUCUCUGCUAGCCCUGUUACUUAUCAUUUCAUCAUUACAAUUUCAUAUGUCAUACAGAAUGAAACUUUUGGAUGUUAUACUAAAAUUAUCACAUUUUAUAAAUAGCUAUCCAUUAAUUAGAAUAGUUAUGUCACUAGUCUGCAUGGCUAUUGUCAUCUUCAUGUCAGCCAUUAACUUUAGUUCAUGUCAAGCAGGAAGAACAGUUGAUAAUUCUACCAUUAUUCCUGAACAAAGUACACCCCAUUAUUUAUAUCAGUGUCAACAUGCAGAGUAUUUUAUAUUUAGUUAUUUACUGGCUUUAACUAGCUGUAGUGUCUUCCUCCAUCUUAAUUAUUAUAUUAAACUAAUCACCAUGGUUACAGCAUUUAUUAUAUUUAACCUUAUAUUACAUCUGGAUGAAAAUAAAGUUUAUAGUUGGUCCAGUGAGAUCAGUCAUCUAGAUGUUAAAGUAACAGCAUCUGUUUAUUUAGCUUUAGUUAUGAUAACUUUACAUAUACUAGACAGACAGAUUGAAUAUACAAAUAAAUUAGAUUUUCUGUGGAUUAAACAAUUUGAGAAUGAAACAGAAGAGAUUAAAGAUACAGCUCAUUUAAAUAAAGUUAUAUUAGAGAAUAUAUUACCAGCUCAUGUUGCCGAUUAUUUUCUACGUUUAGCCAGAAAACAUGACGGUAAAUCAAGUAUUUAUUACAACUUUUACCCUAAUGUUAGUGUAAUGUUUGCAUCUAUACCAAAUUUUAAAGAUUUUUACCAGCAGAAUGCGGCUAAUAAACAAGGAUUAGAGUGUAUUCGAGUUUUAAAUGAGAUUAUCUCAGAUAUAGAUAUGUUAUUAUGUGAAGGUGAAUUUAGUAGGGUAGAGAAGAUUAAAUCUAUUGGUAGUACAUAUAUGGCAGCCACAGGUUUACAGCCUUCGUUAGAUAUUAAAGAUGAUGAGUCAGAGAAGAAGAAAAAUAUAGAAAUUAUGACAAAAUUUGCUGUGGCUUUGAUGGUAAAAUUAGACAAUAUAAAUCUACAUUCCUACAAUCAGUUUAAACCUAGAAUAGGAAUAAAUCAAGGUGCCGUAACAGCAGGUGUUGUAGGUGCUAGAAAACCACAAUAUGAUAUCUGGGGUGAUACAGUUAAUGUAGCUAGUAGAAUGGACAGUUCUGGAGUAGUUCAUAAAAUACAGGUGCCAGAACACACAGCAGAAUUAUUAAAAUCAUCACAUUUUCAAAUUCAAUAUCGUGGCAUUAUCAGUGUUAAAGGAAAAGAACCAAUGAAAACUUACUUUAUUUUACCAAAUUUGGUUGUCGAACAUUAAAAAUACAAUAUUUUAUACAACACUGCAAGUCUAGCAUAACCAAAACAUUAAACGAGAACACAGAGUUCUGAUUAGAUUGAUAACCAGCAUGGCAGAUUACUAAUGAUAAUAACAGCACCCCAGACCAGAAGUAGUUAUGCAUGCAUUGGACAGUUUGUUUAUUUGUGAGUUUAUUACUUGAGAAUCAACUAUCUCAAAGUGCCUCUAAUAGACAGUGCUACAUUGUAAAAGAAUAGUAUUGUCGCUGUUCUAGGGAAAAUGAAUGUUGGGAACAUUUAACAGAGAGAGAGAGUAAUGGGGUUUAACAUAAUGGAGUCAUCCAUCACGGACUUAAUAAACAUUACUAUUUCCUUGUUACUUCCAGUAAUGGACCUUCUGAAAGUAGACAGUGCUAAAACUUGACUAAUUCGAUAUUGAUAAUAUGACCAUUCAAUUGUUCUAACCAAUUAAAAUGGCAUUGAAACUGGUAUUAGUUACAACAUGUAUAGUACGUCUGCUACACCACCUUUUAUACUCUAUGCAAUAUUCAGACUUAUGUAAUAACUUCUACAAUUUGAACUAUAAAAUAAAUUAGCCUAUGGAUAAGGGUGAUUAUUAAAUGUCUUCCUUUUCCGUCAAUAGUAAGACAAUUGCUAAUGUAUUUCAAGGGAAUCUAAUCACAGCCAAGGAAAUAUAGAGAGAUAAAUGGGAUUUGACAUCCAUUCGACAUCCAUGUGACUAGGGUUCUUUAACACUGAUAGGAAACCACACUACUUGAUUUAAUGACAGACCUUAUGAUCUAAAGUGCAUGUGUUAGACCACCCAACCACACCAUAAAGGAAAUAAAAGACAUGUCAUCAAACUCUCGUAGAUUGCCUGAAUUUAUUGAGGGAUACUGAUUGUAGUAGAGAUGUAAACGUGCCAAGUUUACUAUAUGAUUGAAUGUCUUUUACAAGAAUCCUGGCUGGGCAUCAACUAACCCAAAUGGAUGUGACUUGAUUGUUGAUUGUGACCGUUUAUUUCUGCCACAGGAAGUGGAUCCCUGAUAUGUGAUUGUGAAAUCAUAAAAAUGUGUAUUAACUUAUGUGCUUCAGAUAAUAAUUAUAAAGAUAUCUGAAAAAUCAAAAUGAUUCAAAGCAAAUUAUCAGUGCAUAAAUAUAUAUCUGACUAUGCAGUGGCCAUAAAAAUAAAAAGUUGUUUUUUCUCCUACUAUUAUGAACUGACUUUGGAGUGGAGAUUAUUUUCCAAACAAUGACAACAAUUAUAAGCCAUGCGGGCAUCGUUCUCAGAAACAAGUCAUCUAAUUGAGAAUGGAAUUUUAACAUCUCGUCAAUAGGCCUACAAUACUUGCCUAAGGAGGAGAAUUUUGCCCAGACAGCAGAGUUUCUGCCUACACUUUAUCAGAUUCCAUUAAUCAAGGAUUCUAUUAUGUGCGGAGACACAAAGUGAUCAUGUGACAUAUUUUUAUUACCAGAAUUAAAAGACUUCAAUUAAAGCCAUAAUAUAAGACAUUCCAUUGUGACAUAUUUUAUAAAAUGAAACUCCAUUAACCUGUAAAAUUGAUAUUAUACAUCUUGAUAUUUAUUAGUGCUUUCAUCAUUACUAUUUUUUAUUUUCUGAUAUUAUGUAUAACUUAAUUUGUUAUUUAACCAUUGGAUGUUUAAAAGAGCUGGGUAGUCCCUGGUUCCACAAGGUAUCCAUUGAUAAAUGUGGAAUUAAGUAACGAUAUACAAUUUAAUGCCAAAGUAACGUAACUCAUUUAAGGAAUUCCACUUUUCUUUUGUAUGAGUGGCAUGGUGAUCUCGAGAGUCACCUACUACAAUAACUUAUGCAUGUGUACAGACAUGACUAUCCAGACACUUGUGGGAUAUCUGGGACAGCUCCUUUAAGCAUUUGUAUGUCAUACUUUGAAUUAAAAUCAUGUUUAUUAAAGACUUUAUUUGUUA